AUGGAGGAAGGAAUUCUCUCCACAUUGAUCCAAUUCUAUGAUUCCUUAUAUCAUUGUUUCACCUUUCCUAAUUAUAAACUAUUACCAACUUUGGAAGAAUAUGCAAGCAUCAUUGGAUUACCCAUUACUGGAAGAAUUCCCUUUAAUGGUUUGGAAAUGGAUCACAAGUCUCAUGACAUUAAAGUUCUCUCCUUUUCACAAGAAAGAAAGGAAGAUGACUUUGAAACUGUAUUUGCCCUGUUGGUUUAUGGAUUGUUCUUGUUCCCAAAUAUUGACAACUUUGUUGAUAUGAAUGCCAUCAAGAUCUUUAUGAAAGGAAACCCUGUCCCUACCUUGCUAGUGGACACUUACUACUUCAUCCAUUUGAGGAAUUCCUAUGGAAAGGAAAUGAUUACAUGUUGUACUCCUUUUCUAUACAAGUGGUAUAUCUCUCAUUUGCCAAAUACCAAUGAUUUUUGGGAUCACAAAGAAGGACAAAAAUGGUCACAAAAGAUUAUGACUCUCACCAACACUGACAUUGCUUGGACCAACAACUACUUCUGUAGGAUUAAGACUUUGGACAGCUAUGGUGAUUUUCCUAAUGUGCCCCUUCUUGGUACAAAAGGAGGAAUCAGUUAUAGCCCUAUUCUAGCUCGUCGUCAAUUUGGGUUUCCUAUGGACAAAAUACCCAGGAAUAUCUUAUUGGAUGGAUUCUUCCUCGAGGAAGGAGUUGAAAACAAAGAGUUUAGAGAAAGGAUUACUAAUGCUUGGCAUCCAAGUCAUAGAAAAUAA